AUGACUUCUUCAAUAAUUCCAUGCAUUCUUCCCGCUCUGCAGCGCAAGCAGCAAUCGACGAGCACACGCUCGCGACAAUGUCCAUGUACGACCACUCCCAAGGGACAAUCCUCUCUCCGACCCCCGCGCGCACUCUCCUUCCCCACCCACCAUUCCAUGCUUGACAACACCCUCGAUGAACUCACACUGCGUGCAUUUACAAUCCCCAGUGCUGUUCAUGACACCAUUUCGAAUAACGGAAGCAGCGGCCACUGCUCACACCUGUCCAAGUUGAGUCCGUCAACGCCUUCCACUUUGCCAUCUCCCUUCGUUCCAGAACGUCCCAGAGAUACGCUCUUACAAUCCACGACUCAGUUCACGGUACCUCCUAUUGGGCGCCGUUUAUGGACAAUAGAGCGCACGCACACAGACACGAUUUCGUCUGCAGUCCGAAUCAGCUCGUUCAACGCUCCGGAUCUCAACCCCAGUGCACCACUCACACUCGCUACACGCCAUCGCAGUGCAUCCAUCUCCUCAAUCCAGUUACCUACUCACGCUGACAAUGCUCACGCCCACACUUUAGCCAAUCAAUCUCACAACCUGUCUCACCCCUAA